UAUGAUUUCAAGUUUGGCUCUAAAUAUGCUUCUAACCUCGUCAUAUUCACAAUGGCGUCGGCAUUAAGUCUGACCACACCUCUCGUCGUACCAUUUGGAGCUUUGUUUUUUGGCAUCAAGUACCUGAUUGACAAGUAUAACCUGUUGUAUGGGUAUAAACCAGUUUAUGUGAGUGGACGACAGUACCUUCACAAGUCGGCCAUGAAGCUGGUGAUGGUGGGCGUGGUCUUUGUUCAAUUUGUGACUCUCUUUUAUUCAGUUGUAAGAGAAGGUUCCGUAUCUGCUAGAUCAAUAGUUCUUUUAGUGCUACUGAUAGUCACUGGUUUACUGUUAUUUGGACUGUUGGUUCUUGGAUGGUUCUCUUAUCUUUUACCAAAAAUAAGAAUUAAAAUGGGACAGGAAUACUCUAUAUUUGGUUUGAACGAAGAGGAGGAAGACAGAAUAGUGGAG